AUGUCUGAAUAUACCUCAACCCGGGAAGGCUUUCAGAAAGCCAUGCAGUGGAGUCUCACAGGUCCCCCAGAGGAAGCCGUGAAAUACGUCGAGGCUACAUCAACCCCGAGCUUCUAUCGCAUCUUCAACGGCACUCGCAUAGAGUAUGACGCCAACGUCAAAGACAUCGCUGAAUGGAGGGGAAAAUCGGUGAAAUAUUACCCCAAUGUAGAUCAGUUUCUACGCGACGGAAAUGGACUGGCCGCCCAUAUGACCGGGACCUUGAAGGUGGAGGGGACUGCUACAUUUUUCGAGUCUUUCAUCUUUGCAGAAGUCGAGGACGGGACGGGAAAGCUUGUGUGGAUGUCGGAGCGAUCGGUCUGGGGCCCACAGGGACAGGACCCGGUUCAUGGGACGUAG